AUUCAUGCCAGUUUUUCAUUUCGACGCGUCAACUUAAAACGACACAUGCUCUCGCCAGCGGGCGCGAUCGUCAGUAAAUGCGGCUAAAUAAAUUCACAGAGUUCGACGAGUGUCUGUGCGAAGGAUAAUGCAGUAGUAUGAGUUCUUAAAAACCAAAUUGCAAGCAAAAAACAUAUCGUAAUUGGCACAAAAUCAAUUCGUUUGCGGCAGUGAAUAUGCGAAAAGUUUACAUCUGACCCAAAUAGAUUCCGAUCGUAGUUCCACUAGCGAAAGACAAACCUUGGAUUAGCCGUGCAGCGCCUGAGAAUUUUCGAAACACUUGAAUUAUGGGCUUGGAAAAACAUUACCUGCGAUAUGGACGCACCGCUAGAGAUCACCUCCUUGACUGGGCCACCUGUGGGCGUGGUCGACGAGAGCAGCAGCAACAGCAACAGCAGCAUCCACAACAGCAGCAACAACAUGCACAGCCAUCACAGGGGUCAACUGCCACGGGGCGGAGGUCCCGCCCCCAUGUGACACACAGGGGAACGCCGCUCUCCAUGCUGAUAUCAAAUGGAGUUAGGAUUAGCAAUAAUAGACUAGCUGUGAUAAUUAUUGGGAUAAUUACUUUAAUCUUAGGCAUUAUUCUAUCCUCCAUGCCCUGGCUGGAUUAUUUUAUACUAAAGAACUUAAGGCUGUGGAAUGAUACACUGAGCUAUCAUUAUUGGCAAAGGCCCGGCGUCAUCCGACUGACCAAGCUCUACAUCUACAAUGUGACCAAUCCGGAUGGAUUCCUCCGCGGUGAAAAGCCGCACCUGCAAGAAGUUGGACCUUUUGUCUACAGGGAAGACAUGCAGAAGGUGAAUGUCAAGUUUCACGAGAAUAACUACACCGUGUCAUAUCAGCAUAAGAAGAUACUGCAAUUUGUUCCUGAACUGAGUAUUGAUAAGGACACGCCCAUAGUCACGCCCAACAUUCCCCUGCUGACCCUCACCAGUCUCAGCCCCAAGCUGGGAUAUCUCCUGUCCAAAACCAUAUCCGUGGUGGUAACGGCUGCCCAAUUCAAACCCUUCAUCAACGUCACUGCCGAGCAGUUGGCCUUUGGCUACGACGAUGCGCUGGUGAGCUUGGCACACAGGUUUUAUCCGAAGCACAUGAGACCGAUGGAGAGGAUGGGUCUGCUCCUGGGACGCAAUGGCACCCUCACGGAGGUGUCCUCCGUUAAGACGGGCAUGGACAGCAUGGACCAGUUUGGCUACAUAGACCAGCUGAAUGGGAUGGAUCACCUGCCGCACUGGAGCGAGCCGCCGUGCACGAGUAUAGCUGGAUCGGAGGGAUCCUUCUUUCCGCCGCGGGAACUCACCAAAUCGGAGAUGGUUCAUAUAUACGAUAAGGAUUUGUGCCGGAUUAUUCCGCUGAAAUAUGUGGAGAGCGUGGAAAAGGAUGGCAUAGCGGCGGAUCUGUUCCGGCUGCCCAAUAACUCCUACGGCGAUUCCGCACACAAUCCGGAGAACAAGUGCUACGAUACCAGCGAAUAUGAGCCCAUUCAGGGUCUCCAGAAUAUCAGUCCGUGCCAAUAUGGCGCCCCCGUUUACAUUUCCAAUCCGCAUUUCUUUGAAUCCCACCCAGAUCUUCUCGAUUCCGUGGAAGGCCUCAAGCCAGAACGUGAGAAGCAUGAAACCUACUUCAAAAUACAACCGAAACUUGGAGUUCCACUGGAGGGUAAAGUGCGGAUACAGCUGAAUCUUAAAGUGACACGUGCCAAGGACGUCUACCCAGUGCGUGAUUUUCGAGACUUUAUCUUUCCGGUCAUGUGGCUGGAAGAGGGCAUCUCUGAGCUGACACCUGCCAUCAAGCGCUGGAUUUACUUGGGCACAGUGAUAGCCCCGAGUGCCGUGCCCAUCGGAUCCUACCUGAUGAUCCUGGGCGGAGCCUUUGCCAUCAUCUUCAGCUUCGUGAGAGCCUACCAGAACUUUGUUUUCGCCCGGGAUCCCACGCUGGAGAUCCUCGAGAUGGGCAGAAGGUCCUUGAGGCGGGGCAGCAGUUUCAUAGCCCAUCAGCAGCACAGGUUACUCGUUCAUCACCGGGACAGCUACUCCCUGCUGCGACAUGGACCCAUGGCCACCUGUUUGGGGGAGGGAAACCGGGAGGAGGACGCGCAGCCCAUCAUCGAUGGAAGCCUCAGUGCUGGAAUCAGUCAGGAGUCGUAGUUGCAGAUAUAGACGUACAACUAGAUCCUUAAGGUGUGAAUGCUUGAGUCUGGGAGAGUGUGUGUGUGUGUGUGUCUGCGAAGACUUAAUCUUAGUUUCGUUCUGGCCAAAUUCGUGGCAUAUACUUGACGUUCUUGCCACUGCAUAUGCAUUAUCAUUACUCAGUUUCCACAUCGAAGCAAUCAAUCAUAUUCAUCUUGCUGCUACUAACGCCAAACGGGUUUGCUAGUAACUUGUAACUUGUAACUUGUAUCUUGUAGAUAGGCGUAUGAAUUUGUACACAUUUUUGUCAAUGGAAUGCUACAAAUAAUUCACUAGUCAAUGAUUACAAUGUGAAAAAUGCAAGCACUCAUUUCUAGUUUUGUUAGCUGUUAGCUUAGGUUAGUCGUAGACCUUAAUUAUAUUUUAUGUAUUUGUUAAAUAAUGUUUAGGCUGAGGAUGUACGAAAUUAUAAAAUAUAUAAAUGAGAAUUAAACAAUUUUAAAAAUUCU